CGGGCAGAAAGUCCGUUACUUUGUCGACUGAACACAACUGAAAAGUUUGCUCUUUUCCGGUCGAAGUGAUCUGACUGAUGCAGUCCCUUUGUCACUUCACGCGCUCGGAUCAACAGCUCUUUUGGUGAAAACAUCCUAUAUAUAGGCUGUUUCUCGCGCGCUGCGAGCUGGUGGGUGUCUUCUCGUACGCGUGCUGCUGGUUGCAGACGACCACGACUGACUCGGGGUGAGCAGAGCGUAGCAGCACAAAGGAUACACUGAAACCUCGAAUGCCUAGGAUUUUUCUGUCGCAUCACCUCCACAUACAGCAGGCAUGCAUCCACACAAGUCGUUGAUCGGAUGAAUGGGUAGGAACAGAAAGCUCCGAGCUCGGCGUGCCUCCUCGUCUGGGUCGGAGAACAGGCAAGAUCGGCCCAGAGCUCGAAGUCCGACAUCAUGCUCGGAUGAUGGCGAAUAUGGUGAAACACCAAAGGAAGACUCGGCGUUCGCUUACGCAGAUCAGAAAGGGCCAUCGCCAGCUAGUGACACAAAGCAUCUGGAUCUGCUUCCCUACCCUUUGCCCGCCUUGGACGUCACCUUACUCUUGAAGCAGCGUUCUGCCGCGUCUACAGAAUAUGAAGCCUCCACUGGUACGACGCUUUGGCUCUCCAGUCAAAUCUUGGUCUGCUACUUGAUCGCCAACAAAGUCAAGCUUGCGCGCUCCGACCGCAGCCGCUGCCGCGAAAGUCCAGAUGCGCCGAGAGCCAUCGAAUUGGGCAGUGGAACGGGAAUGCUGGCUCUCGUCUUGGCUCGGCUCGGCUUCGAAACGCUCGCAACAGACAUCGAGCCAGCUUUAUCUCAAGUGCUGCGCCCGAAUCUUUCUGACAAUGCCGAGGCUUUGCGGCUUGCUGCUGCAGCAAGCCCAAAGGGAUACAGCAAUGCCUUCAUGACGCCUCGGAGCGCCUGCCUCGACUGGACGCAAUGCCCUGCCACUUCUGAUCCAGGUACCGCUCAGGCCGAGCGCCGCCCCCACACCACCCGCCAUGAGGUCGUCCAGCUCUGCGCAGCGCGAUGGGCUGCUCAGCUCUGCAAGGAUGCGCAGGUGCCGCCACCGUGGUCAUUGAUCCUUUCCACCGAUACCUUGUACCACCCCCCGCUCAUUGCGCCGUUCUGGUGGACCGUGAAAGCACUGGUGCUGGCUUCUCGUGCGGCAGCGCACAGCAAUGUCGAUAGCCACGACUCGUCACCACCACCAACUCGUCCAGGUGCUGACAAAACACGCGAUCCCGUCGUUCUGAUCGCUCUAGAACGCCGAGACAGCUCGUUGAUCGAUGAAGCGCUCCAAGUCGGCAGGCAUCACGGCUUCCAUCUCAAACAAGUCUCGCAGAGGACUUUGAGAAAGGCUGUUGAUGCCCACCUCGGCGCAUACUGGGAGAGGGGGGCGUGGGAAGGAGUCGAAGUCUGGAGUUGCGCGCUUCAAUGAGCGACGGAUGACAUCACGUCAACAAGUGGCGUGCUUGAAUCUCUCUCUCUCUCAACAUCAAGCGAAUUGGGCAGGAAUAGACCACGCUAAAGUCCCGCAGAGACAGGGCGAGGCAGCCAAGUCCAAGGGCGCAAUGGAGGCGUGCCGAUUUGAACCGCAAUGUAUAUGAGCUCGCUUCUUUGCUCGUCUGGAAAUGUUCAUGAGAGCAGCAUUUGCGAUCUGCCAUUAGGGACACCAAGGUGUGGAACAGCCGGAUUAGUGACGAUCG